AUGCCGCCCAAGGAACUGGGUCACAGCAGUGAUGCUCGGCUGACAUCAGCUGAAGGUCGUCCAUUUAUCCCAGGAGAACGCAGUUCCGCUCGCAAUGCAAACAAGCGCAAGAACUAUGCAGAGUCACUGCCGAGCAGCACGAUUGAGCCAAAUCGGGCGAACUUGCAGUCCAUGACUACCAUCAACCCGCAACGGACUGCACGCGGAAAAGGAUCUGCGAGGGAUGGGAAACGCAAUGGAAAGUCAAUCAGAGUCUAUUCUUUGUCUCGCCAGCCUGCAGCAAGGAGACCUGCAGUCCAGUUUGGCAAAGUGGUGAAACGUGUAGCCACACUUGAAGCUGCACAGCAAGAGACGGGCGAGAAGCUUCGAAUAGACGAUGAUAAGUCCUCUGCCCCUGCUUCUCCAGCGCAUAAGGUUCAUGACGAGGUCGAUGAUUCACACACGGCCCGCCUGCCAGAAGCGCAUGUGCAAAGUUUGGCAUCAGGCGCUUCGCACUCGUUUCCGAAUUGCAAUCAGGAGUCCGAAAUAGACUCUGCGGAGCAAGCAGGCGACUCUGUCUUGAGGUCAAGCGGGAUGGCAGAUUCGAUGUGUGAGACCAGCAAACUCUCAGACCUUCCAGAGCGACCGAGCACACCAGACAACGCCAAACAAGAGCGAGACACAGACGUGUCGAGUCCGCUCAGCGAGGCACCAUCCGACAUUGACUUGCGGCCUAUCCCAGAUGAUAUCUUCAUGGGCACGAGGGUCUACGCCAAGGAGCCUAGAGGCGAUACAGAUACACAAACUGCUCCUGCAGACAACCUCCAGGACCUGCCAUUGACGGAUUCUACGCCUGUUAUUGCUAGUUCUCUCGUGAACAUGCCACAAAGCUCUACUGAAUCUGGAGUGGAAACCCUAAUCAGAAACGCGCGACCGAGACGAUCGCUCAAACCAAUUCAGAGGUUUGGUGACCUUGUUGAAAUGCCACGCGAAGAGGAGAAGAGUGAUGAUGUGAUCAUCGUGGCCAGAAGCAACCCAAGAACUGCGAAGCAUAACGGGAACGUCCUUCCAGCCACUCAGGACAACGCAGAUGCAGGACGUUCGACACAGAAUUCUGUCGGCAGGAAUAGGAAGCGCAAGCGUUCAGCUGAAGAUGAUGUCCACAAACGUUCGAUCCCAAAGCAGACCAGGAGACGGAGCUCCUCCAGUAAGAGCCUCCAAGCUUCGAGUGACAUAGUUACGCUUCGAGUAACACCAGCCAAGCUCAGUACUGCGAUAUCGAAGCAGCCGAAAAGGAGGUCUGCGAUGACUGCUACGCACCAAGAGUUCCGAGCAGGAACAACGACUGGAGUAACUGCUCUGCCCACUCCAGAAAGCACGCCAGGCAGCAAGUCUCUUGCGACUCCAAUACACACGCCUCAAAGCUGCGAGUUCCCUGUGGCGGGUUUCGAAGAGCCACCCGCAAUACCAGAAUUGAUACAGCUGUCUCGGAAGCUCACAGCACGUCGACCCAUCGAUUCCAAGGAAGAGCCUCAAGGCCACCCUGAAGUAUGGGCAGAGAGCCGACAAGCUCUUUGCGAGACAGUGCCAUAUUUCAAGUCGCCGCAGAGCGGAUGCUACCAGAACAGCGGCCACGUCUAUGCCUUCCUCUACGAUGGAGUUGGCAAUUCUCGAGAGUAUAUGGACACAGAUGUGAUCAUCGCUCGAGCAGGAGGUGGUAUGCAGGCUGAUGCAAGUGGGCAACUGCUGCAGGCCAAACACCAUUCUUUGGACGACGCCCAAGUCCAGGCUGUGCUCAACGACAUUGAACAUCAAAACCCCAUUGUGGUAAUUUGUGGUAACAAGAACGCUGGCGCACUAUGCAAGAUGCCGCAUCGUUACUGCGUGCUUGGAUGGUACAAGCCCGUGGCAGUGUGGGAAGAGAAGACACUGGGCAAGGGGAGAAAAGCCUGGACGACUGUGAAGUUCCGCCUUGAGCGACUGGGGGACAACAAGCGCGCAUGGCAUGCUCCAUCACAGCAGAACGUUACUGAGGUGGAUCGGGAUGUUGCUGGGCCACUAACCGAGGAAAUUUGCCAGGACUGCAAUAACGAAUCACCACAAGUGUACUUGAAUGGCUGGAUGUGUCUUAACUCAGCUUGUGGGAGAUUUUGGAAGCUGGGUGAGGACUCACCUUCUAGUGAUCUUGCAUUCAAUCCUGCCUUUCUCCUCCACCGAACCCGAUGGCAGAAUGAAGAAGAGCCUUUCAGUGUACGGCCACCCAUCCCUGACAGCGGCAAAGUCAUGGGCGAUAACUUGACCAACAUCAACACUCGAGGUGUUGUCUGUCCACAAUGCGGACGUUGCAACCCUAGGCGACUAUGGCGAGGGUGGUCGUGUGACAAUUCGCAGUGUGACUUCUCCAACUUUCCUAAGCACAUUACAGUCAAGCCUGCAAUGCUUCACCAGCCUUGGGAUAGCACGGGCGAAGGGCCAACGCUGUCUCGCAACAGGUAUGCGAAGCAUCUCGGUGUCAAAGUUACAGUCGAGCACAACAAACUGGGCUUCAAGAUCUUUACCUACACAUUUGAUGGAAUCAAUGGCAAGCUGAUUCAUGCAAUCAGCAACUCGAAAAUCAAUUCAGCAUCUAGAGGACCUGAUGAGAUGUUCGAUGCAAUGCAGAGACAGGAUGAUCCAGAGAUGGAUCUGCACCUGGAGCGAAGGCCAUUUAUUGGAACAGGAAGCUCUACGACUCUCAAGUUGAAGACAGCUUCUCCAGGCAGAUUGACAGCAACCCCAGAUGCGCACAAACUUGGGACGAAUGCAGGAGUGGUAGACGAUUCUAUCAUUGAGAAUAUGCUCAAUGGCUCGCAAGCACUUUUCAGCGAGGCACAGAACAACCUCGACGACAGCGAAGACGAAGACGAGGCGGAAGAGCCGUCACCACCAAAGAGAGCACGCGGCCGACCAUCCCUCGCAGCCACCACAACAACGACAGCAGCACCCACCGAACCAGGCGACCUCAUGACAGCCUUCAGCGUCAAUUAUGGCAUGCCCUACAAGUUCGUCGCCGGCGGCUCCAGCUUGCCAUUCUCCUCCGCCCCCUGGCCAGUCCGAGCAUGUCGCGCAGACCUCAACUGGGCAUCCAAAAACUUCUCAUCCCCUGCAGGCCACACCGACUUCAACGAACAGCUUAUCUUCGCGUACAUGGAAGGGCAAAAAGUCGAGUACCACGACGACGGCGAAACCGGUCUCGGCCCUCGCAUCGCCUCCAUGUCCCUCGGCAGCAAAGCGAAAAUGAUGCUCCGCAUGAAAGCCAAACACUUCGUCGGAUGCAGCAAGACUGGCAUUCUGACACCUGAGAAACCAGUCCCAGUCUCCAUCGGCGGAAGAGAAAUGUAUCUCAAACGCCUCGCAGCUUGGGAAGAAAUCCAAGAAUUGCGCACAUCUGAUAAACGCACCUACGAAACCCGCAGAAAAGAACUUCCACAUGAACUCGGCAUUUUCGCAAAACGGACGAAGAAAGCGGAGGAUUUGGUUACUUUGACGUUGAAUCAUGGGGAUAUUGUGUUGAUGGAGGGGUAUGAGAUUCAGAGCUAUUUGGAACAUAAAGUUGUUCCGGAGGGGUGUUUGAGGUUUGCGUUGACUUGUAGGACGGUUUUGCCGGAGCAUUUGAGGGCUGAGGAGAGGCCGGAGUAUGGGGUGGAAGAGGAUGAGCCGGGGAUGGGGAGUUUGGGGAGAAUGGCUGCUGCUGAUGCUCGGGCGGAACGACAGAAUGGGAUGGGGUUUGGUGACGAGGAUGAGGUGGUGUGA